GUUUAGUAAUAUUAGCCAAUAUGGCAAAGUAUUUAGGGCUAGAUAAAGUCGCUCGCUUAUUUAGGAUUGUGUCUGCUAAUGGCGGAAUUAGAGGAAGUCUUGCAAAACUGGCAAGAACAGAUGAUUUAAAACUGGGCACUCUAGUAGGAGAAGACAAAUACGGUAAUAAAUAUUAUGAAAAUAAUGAAUACUUCUACGGACGUAAUAGAUGGGUCGAUUAUGCUCCACAUGUUGGAUUAAAUUAUGAUGCCUCCCAAGUGUGUCCUGAGUGGUUUGGUUGGCUCCAUUACAAAACGGAUCUUCCUCCAACAAAAGAUCCAGCCAGAGUGCAUCAUAAAUGGAUGUCGAAUCAUAGUGAAAACUUAUCUGGAACAGAUCGUCAAUAUGUUCCAUAUUCCACUACUGUUCCCAAAAUACAGGCAUGGAAUCCCAAUGCAAAAUAAGUCAUGAAAAUAUUUGGAUUUACUUAGUCUAAUUGUAAAUAAUGUAAUAUCUAUUUAAAAUAUAUGGAACAAGAUCAAGUUAUUGUAUGUGAAUC